CUGACUGACAGCUCUCUUGUAAACAAAAGAAAACAGCUGUUUUUUAAUUUUAUUUCUAAUAAUUUUGUAUUUUAUAAUUUGUUAUAAAUUUAUAAACUAAACACAGUCAACUUCUGAUCUGAUACCAAUGGUAAAAGUCGACGUUGAGUAUUGUGGUCGUUGCAACUACGAAUGGCAUUGCAAAAUGCUAUCAGUGUUCCUCGAACAGAAACACCCUGGCACCGAGGUAACUUGUCACACAGGCCGACAAGGAUCUUUUGAAGUGAAAAUCGAAGAUAGUUUGGUUCAUUCAAAGUUACAAACAAUGGCUUUUCCCGAUCAUGAUAGUGUCUUGGAAAACGUCGAGAAAGCUGAAAAAGGUUUACCUCUAGACAAGGUCAAAGAACAACCAAUAGAGAAUUGUUCAAUUAUGUAAAUAAAAAGAAAUCUCAUUUUUA